AUGAUAAAACAUCGCCGUGGUCAAUCUGUCCCUGAACGGAUGCCUGCAGAAACGGUUUCUUGCAGUCCUACAUCACCGUUCCGGUCCGCCACACCUUUGAAAAAGCCCUCUCCGGCCGAGAUUUCAGUUAUCGUUGACCCGACCUCAGCAGCAGGGACGUUCAAGGCCGACAUCAGCAUCGUUGGUAUGACCUGCUCUGCAUGUGUCGGAGCCAUUACGAAUGCUGUGGAGGAGCUUCCGUUCGUUCGAACCAUCAACGUCUCGCUCCUCACCCAUAGCGCCACCGUGGUCUUCGAGGGUAACGAUCAUGCUGAACAGGUCAGGUCAACCAUUGAAGAUGCAGGAUUCGACGCAACCAUCGAGGGGCUGGAAGAGAUCGGUGGAGCGAAAAAGCGGAGGACGCUGGUGCUCGAAGGCGGCGGCGAUGUUUGGAAAGCGACCUAUAUGAUUGGCGGCAUGACGUGUGCUGCAUGUGUCGGCAAUGUCAGCACUGUCGUUAAGCAGCUUGACUUCGUCAACCAGGUCGAUAUCAACUUGAUCCAGAACAGUGGCGUCGUCGAAUUCAAAGGAAAGGACAAUGUGGGGGCGAUCACCGAAGCGAUCGAGGACGCGGGCUUCGACGCGACGCUGGAGAACAUGGUCAACGCAGCGGCAGCCGAGCAAGAAGAGACAUAUCGAACCGUUUCCUUCCGAGUCGACGGCAUGUUCUGCCAUCACUGCCCCACGCACAUAGUCGACGCGCUCGAGCAGGAGUUCAAGGGCAAGAUAUCGCUCGAGAAGAUCGCGACCACCGCCGAUCCGAUUUUCGAGGUUCAAUACGCUCCACACGCCCCGCACUUCACGAUCCGAACCAUCUUCGACCUUGUCGCAUCCGUCAACCCGGAAUUCAAACCAACCCCCUAUCAUGCUCCCACCUUAGAAGACAGGAGUCGCGCAUUGCAUGCAAGAGAGAGGCGUACCAUCCUCUUACGCCUCGCAUUGUGCGUCACGGCGGGCAUCCCAGCCUUCAUAAUCGGGAUCGUUUGUAUGAGUCUGCUCCAUCACGACAACGCCGUUCGAACAUUCAUGAUGGCGCCGAUGUGGACCGGCACCGUUUCUCGAUCCGAAUGGGCGCUAUUCAUCCUCGCGACGCCGGUAUAUUUCUUCGGAGCCGACAUCUUCCACCGCAAAGCCAUAAAAGAAGUCAAAGCGAUGUGGCGACCGGGAAGCAAGACGCCGAUGUGGAAGCGGUUCGUCCGGUUCGGAAGCAUGAACAUGCUGAUGUGCUUAGGGACGUCGAUCGCCUACUUCAGUAGCAUCGCGGAGCUGAUCAUCGGCGCGCUGGAAAAGCCGAAACAUGGUGGUCACGAUAUGAAGGAUAUGAAGAGAGCUGUCAUGGACGGCUCCGGUAUCUACUUCGACUCCGUCAUCUUCCUCACCAUGUUCCUCCUCAUGGGCCGCUUUCUCGAGGCAUACAGCAAAGCGAAAACCGGCGACGCCGUGACCAACCUCGGCAACCUCCGUCCCUCCGAAGCCAUCCUCGUCGAAUCGACCAACGUCAGCGGCCGAAAGAUCCCCGUUGCGCUGCUGGAUGUCGGUGAUGUGGUGCGCGUGCAGGCCGGUGGCUCGCCUCCGUUCGAUGGCAUCAUCAUUGACGGCUCGUCACGCUUUGACGAGAGUAGCCUAACGGGCGAAAGCCGACCAGUACAGAAGGAGAUCGGCGACACCGUGUACAGCGGUACGGUGAACCGGACGGGGCCGGUGAGCAUGAAGCUCACGACAACGGACGGGUCGAGCAUGUUGGAUCAGAUCAUCAAAGUGGUGCGGGAAGGGCAGACACAUCGCGCGCCGGUGGAGCGCGCGGCCGACAUCAUCACGUCGCAUUUCGUGCCAUUCGUAAUCUUGGUGGCGAUCGUCACCUGGACGGUCUGGCUCGCGACGGGCAUGGCGGGCUUGUUGCCGGAUUCCUAUCUGGACAACAGUCAGGGCGGCUACCCGCUCUGGAGUCUGCGGUUCGCCAUCGCGGUCUUCGUCGUCGCGUGCCCGUGCGGCAUCGGACUCGCGGCGCCGACGGCCAUGUUUGUGGGCGGUGGGCUGGCGGCUAAGUUCGGCAUCCUGGUCAAGGGCGGCGGCGAGGCAUUCCAGGAAGCCAGCGAUCUCGACGUGGUGGUGUUCGACAAGACGGGGACGCUGACGGAGGGCGGGGACCCAAAAGUUACGGGAUGGAAAAUGACCAGCGACGAUGACGCCGACGAGGUGUUGGCGAUGGUGAGGCAGGUUGAGAGUGGGAGUGGGCAUCCGGUGGCGAAAGCGGUGAUGGACUUCUGUGAGGAGCGACUCGGUAUAAAGAGCCCGAGUAAGGAUACGGAUGGGGAAGCAGAUAAAGAGAUGGACAUCUCGGAUUCCAAACCAGGGGCCUUGCUUGACGUCGAUGUCUUGGUCGGCAAUGAGAGACUACUUGAAGAACACGAUGUCGGCAUCGACGAGCACAGCUAUGGUAUUCUUCAGGGCUGGAAGAGGCAAGGCAGGAGUGUUGUCCUGGUGGCGUUGCGUGCAGCUUAUACCACGCCUGAGGAAUUAAGGCGCUACUCUCGCAACCCGCCUCAAUCCAUCCGCUCAUCCAUCCAUUCCACCGUGGGCACCGGCACCUACAUCCUCACAUCCCUCUUCGCCAUCUCCGACCCUCUCCGCGACGAGGCGCCCGGCAUCGUGUCCGCCUUAACCAAGCGCGGAAUCGAAGUCUGGAUGCUCAGCGGCGACAACCCCACAACCGCGCAGGCUGUCGCGGCGCAGGUCGGCAUCAAGCCCACGAACGUCAUCGCCGGUGUCCUCCCGGAACAGAAGGCCGAGAAGAUUAAGUGGCUCCAGAAGACGGUACCGGCGCGGAAAAAGAACAAGAAGAAGCAGCGGAGCCAACGGAAACGCAGCAAUGAGUCAACAGAUGCCGAGGAAUCCUAUCCCGCUGGCCGCGCCACCGUCGCGAUGGUCGGUGACGGCAUCAACGACUCCCCCGCCCUCACCAUGGCGGACGUGGGCAUCGCCAUUGGCUCCGGCAGCGACAUCGCGAUCUCCUCCGCGGACUUCAUCCUGAUCCACUCGAAGCUGUCGUCGGUCCUCACACUGAUCGAUCUGUCGCGCAAGGUGUUCCGACGGGUGUGGUUCAACUUCGGGUGGGCCUGUGUGUACAAUCUAAUCGCGAUGCCGGUGGCGGCGGGGGUGCUGUAUCCGGUGGAGAGCAACGGAGCGCACGUGCGGUUAGAUCCGGUGUGGGCGAGUUUGGCGAUGGCGUGCUCGAGUUUGAGCGUCGUAGGAAGUAGUUUGGCGUUGCGGUCGAGGCUGCCGGGGUUGGGGUUCAGGUAUAAGAAGUGA